AUGCAAGAUCAUGCCUGUGCUUGGAGUGCCAACGUCGAUGGGCAUUAUGAGGCUCUGGUCCAAGGCUGGACUAAGGCAGGACAGGAUCACUUGACCAGUCCCAGUCGAGCCACACGCCAACCUUACCUGUCGGAGGCCUCUAUGCAGAAGGUUCAAGUCCGCAAGCAGCUCCGGCAACAUUUUAGCCGAGCCCAUGCCGAGCUGCGCAGACGCCUCCUUCUUAUAGGCUUUGCAGGCCUCUUGCACUACCGCCAGGGCUCCAUUUUCGCGCCAGAGGCGGUGCACCAGGCCAACAGCUGGCUCCGCGAUGUGUACCAGGACAUUGCAAUUGGUUCCCGACGUCUCGAUCAGCUGGGCAGGGAUCUACGAGCCAGCGCGAAGCACGACCGCGGGAACUAUCUGCAAUCUCUCGUACAGAGGGUCGCCCUCGCAGAUAUUAAGGACCCCAAGCACCUCUUCCGUGCGGUCCGCAAAGCAUUUCCAGGUGCGGCCUCAAAGCGGAGACAGUCAUUCAUUCCGUUGCCGGCGGUGGAACUGCCGGACGGUACCCUUGCGUGUAGUCCCGAUCACAGGCAGGAGGCAUGGAGGUCCCAUUUCAGUGAACUGGAAGCUGGCGAGGCCAUUGAUCCUGCAGGCUAUCCCGCGCUUUUCCGGGAGCAAAGGCUUGCCUACCAGCACUCGGUUCCCGUCUUCGACAUUGCGGCCGUGCCUUCGCUUACCGGCGUCGAAUGUAUGAUCAGAGAGUUGCGUUCCGGCAAGGCAUGCGGACCAGAUGGCCUGACCGGGGAGCUUUGGAGAGCCGACGCUGUUCUCUCUGCAAGGUUACUCCUGCCAGUCUUCACUAAGGCGGCUCUGGCCGUCCAGGAGCCAUUGGAGUUCCGGGGCGGGUGCCUUAUGCCGCUGGCGAAACAGGCCGCCGCGACCCUGCAGUGCUCCAAAUUCAGGGCCAUCCUCCUCUCGAAUCUGCCGAGCAAGAUAUACCACAAACACGUUCGAGGCUGCUUGGCGGAGCACCUCGUUCCUGCAGACCUCCAGGCAGGUACGCUCCCAGGAGUUAGUACGGAGGCCAUCGCCCUCGCUGCAAGGACCUUUCAAGCCAGAGCGCGUAAGCUCGGGCAACACUGGGCCCUCCUGUACUUUGACGUGAAGUCUGCUUUCUACUGCGUCAUACGCCAGCUGCUUGUUCCGGUUGGGGACACAGACCGAGCUCUGCGAGCUCUCUUUCACAAGCUCGGGGUUCCCGCUAGUGCGCUCAGCGAAUUGGCUAGCCAGCUCCAGCGCAUGGCUACCAUACCCGCGCUGGUCAGCAGAGAACACGUUUGUGCAGUCACGCCAGACGUACUACAAGGCACAUGGUUUCGCCUCGAUCGCGGAGCGGCGUUGACCCUUACACAUCAGGGGACUCGCCCUGGUGACGGGCUGGCGGACAUACUGUUCGCCUUCUCGUUUUCAGCUUACCUUCGAAGCGCUGAGCGCGCCGUCGCCGCCGCUGGGCUCUCUACUGCGACCCCUGAAGUACAGGGUCCAGAGCCAUGGUGCACAGAAGGGGCUCCCGACAACCUGUCAUGUGGUGCGUGGGCAGAUGACUUCGUCCAUAUGCACUCACAAUGCAGUCCACAGGGGUUAUCAGGUGCUGUUCGGGAUGUUGUCACAUGUUAUGUGGAGCAGGCGGACAGCAUUGGGAUGACGCUGGGUUUUGCCCGUGAUAAGACCGCGGCGGUCGUACCGUUGGCAUCCCUACGGCAGGACUCGUCCUGGUGCCCUCACCAGACCAACGACGGUCCUUGCUUGAUGGGCCGCAGUGCCAUCUCUGGCCGGGAGUUUGCGCUUCCCCUUGUUGAAGCCUACAAGCAUCUAGGAGGCAUCACGACUGUGACGGGCACACCAGCACCCGAGAUCUCCUAUAGGUCUUCACAGGCGUGGAAUACCAUUCGGCCUUUCCGCCACCGUUUGUUUUCGGCUGACAACAUUGCCCUAGCCACCAGACGGUUGAUGUUGAGGUCCCUAGCCAUGUCCCGCUUUGUUUUCGGCAGCGCAAUUCUUCCUUUGCACGCGGCGAUCCAUUUCAGGUCUUGGGCACAGGCGUAUGUCGCUCUCUGGCGGUCUCUACACAGGCGCAGGAAAGGUGAGCACCAUCAGCACUCUUACGCCACCCUAGCGGACGCGGCCGCUCCCUCGCCGCCCCUGGCGCUAGCAUUGGCUAGAGCUGCCCUCCUGCGCCAAGUCGUGCAUCGCGGCCCGGCCACCCUCAAGCGCCUAUUGUGGGCGCACUGGGAGUGUGACCCUGGAGCCUCCUGGCUCGGUGCCAUUUCUGCUGACAUCCAGCAUGCCUGUCAGUACGUAUGGGAUUCAGAUCUCCGAUGGUGGAAAGCCCAAGGGCAAACUCCAUCACCUUCCCCUUCCGCGAUCGAGGAACCAGAGGCCUCAGCGGACAGACCCUUUGUCUGCCACCAUUGUUUCGCCACGUUUCCGAUGCGGAAGCACCUGUGGGUGCACCUGGCUCGGGCCCACGAUGAAAUCACACCAACCAGGCUUUUGGCGCACUCCUCGACUUGCCAGGCCUGCCUGAAGCAUUUUGGGUCAGUUGAAAGGUUGCAAUACCAUCUUAAACAGCAUGGUGAUUGUCUCCUCCGCACCGCGUGGCUCCUGCCGCCGCUUACCCGCGCCGAGCUUGCGGAAGUGGAAGCUCCCUUCAAACUCGCCAAGAAGGGGCUCCGCAAAGGCAACUGGCAACAGUUCUCCGCUGUCGACACUGCUAUGCAAUCCUACGGGCCACCCGCUUUGACGGCACAUGAGAUUGCUGCCGAGAUAGGGGAUGACAUCACCCUCGAUGUUCUUGGGCGUCUCUAUCACCCGGAUCCGGCCUUUGUCUUGUCAGUAGAGAACUAUGUCGCUGCGAAGUCCACAGAGGGCAGGCGUAAUACCGCUAGCCGAUUUUGGGACCAGCGACCACGUUUCACCUUUGCAUGUUCUCGAAUUUAG